CCCGCGGCGCGGAGCAGGCACCCGGCGCGGAGGCGGGCGUGGCCGUGGCGGCGGCUCGGACGCGGCGGGGACGGCAUGGAAGUAAAGGAUGCCAAUUCUGCACUGCUCAGUAACUAUGAGGUCUUCCAGUUACUCACUGAUCUCAAAGAGCAGCGUAAAGAAAGUGGGAAGAAUAAACACAGUUCUGGACAACAGAACUUGAAUACUAUCACCUAUGAAACUUUAAAAUACAUAUCAAAAACACCAUGCAGACACCAAAGUCCUGAGAUUGUCAGAGAAUUUCUUACAGCGAUGAAAAACCACAAGUUGACCAAAGCUGAAAAACUUCAGCUGCUGAAUCACAGGCCUAUGACUGCUGUUGAGAUCCAGCUGAUGGUGGAAGAGAGUGAAGAACGGCUCACAGAGGAGCAGAUCGAAGCUCUCCUCCACACGGUCACAAGCAUUCUACCCGCUGGACCAGAGGCUGAGCAGAAGAACCCCAGCAGUGAUAUCACAAUGGAUGAAGAGGAUCCAGCAUAGAAGAACACAGUUGCCCUACCUGCCUCACGAAAUUAAAAGGUCCAGCGGCUGUCUGCCAGACAGAGAAGACUGGUUUUGUCUACUAGCCAAUAUCUCUAAUUUAAGCCUUAGCUGGUAAAUCAGAAAAGUUAGUCUUUCUCAGAAAUAAGCUGGAAAAUACUUGUGCCCCCUAAGGAGAAGAAACGUGACAAAAACACACUGAUACUGGAGUAAAGAGACGAGAGAGGACAAAGCCAGUGCUGACAGUGAUUAAUGGAACACUCAGUGGUAGAAAGUUGUCUGCCGGAGCCGUUGCCCCAUGUGGCAGGUCCCUGUGCACAGCUGGUCGGAUCCACAUUGCCUUUGAUGUGCUUUGUUCGGAUUCAUUCCAGCUCUUCUCGGGUACUUCCCAAGCCGGGGUUGAGUGAGAAGAAUCCGUUUGGCUGACUCAGUAGUUUCUCUAGGGUCAAACAUAACCACCGCAGUUUUUUCACCUUAGAGGACUCUUCUCAAGGACAGCAGAGAUCAAGAAGAAUAGAUCUGGCUUAA